AUGGCUUCAAUACUCACAACGACCGAGGCGCAAACCCGCCGCCGCGAACAAUACCAUGAAGCCGAUGUCGUCGUCGUAGGGGCCGGUGUAUUCGGCUGCACUAUGGCUUUCGCUCUCGCCAACCAAGGCCGAUCCGUUCUUCUUCUCGAGCGAUGGCUCAAAGAGCCCGAUCGCAUUGUCGGCGAGCUUCUCCAGCCCGGCGGUGUCGCCUCGCUUCAGAAACUCGGUCUUGGACACUGCGUCGAGGGCAUCGACGCAAAGCCCUGCUACGGAUACACCAUUUUCUACCACGGCGAAAAGGUUCUCGUUCCUUACCCCGGGAUCGACGAUGAGGGCAGCCCUACACAUGCUUGGGGAGGUCACAGCACAGGAGACAGGAGUACAAGACCUUCUGGAUGCAGUUUCCACCACGGUCGCUUCAUCAACAAGCUACGAGAGUCGUGCAUAGCCCAUAAGAACAUCACUGUCGUCGAGACUGAGGUUGUCAAGACGCUGCGCGGAGAGGUAUCGGAUCAGAUCCUUGGUGUCGAGAGUCGCACCAUGAACAAGGAGACUGGAAAGAAGGAGCAAGAUUAUUACUUUGGACAAUUGACCAUCAUUGCUGAUGGCUAUGACUCCAAGUGGCGCCAGGAAGUCCUCAAGACCAAGCCCAAGGUCUGCUCAAAGUUCUACGCUCUUGAGCUCAUCGAUUGCGACCUUCCUCAACCCGGUCACGGCCAUGUCAUUAUUGGCAAUGCUUUCCCCAUCCUUCUCUACCAGAUCGGCACCCACGAGACCCGCGCUCUUAUCGAUGUGCCCCAAGGUAUCCCUGAAGCUUCCCCCGAGAACGGUGGUGUCCGUGGCUACAUCCGCAAUUUCGUCCUACCUGCUCUCCCUCCUUCGAUCCGACCAUCAGCUGAGAAGGCUCUGGAAGACGGCAAGAUUCCCCGAAGCAUGCCCAACAGUUGGCUUCCCCCCACGAAACAACGCGCCAACGGAGCGAUCCUUCUCGGUGACGCUAUGAACAUGCGCCACCCGCUCACUGGUGGUGGUAUGACUGUUGCAUUCAACGACGUUGUCAUCCUGUCAGAGCUGCUGCACCCUGAAAAGGUUGGUGACCUUGGCGAUUCCAAGCUGAUCAACAAUGCGCUUGAGGAGCUUUACUGGAGGCGCAAACCUCUAACUGGCAUCAUCAACGUUCUGGCCCAGGCCCUCUACUCUCUGUUCGCUGCCAAUGACCGCCAACUACGUGCUCUCCAGUACGGAUGCUUCACCUACUUCAAGAACGGUGAUACUGACGGCCCCGUCGCUCUCCUCGCUGGUAUUCUCCAGCGUCCUUUCAUCCUUGCCUAUCACUUCUUCUCUGUCGCCUUCCUCGCCAUCUGGCUCAACGCCUGCUCCGUCGUUGGCUGUGGAAUUCUUGGCAUCUUCAAGUUCCCGCUCGCUAUUAUCGACGCCGUCCUUAUCCUCUGGAAGGCAUGCAUUGUCUUCAUUCCCAUUAUGUGGCGUGAGUCAUUCCAGUAG